AUGACUAGUAGUAACAAAAUAAGUGAAGGCUUAUUAAAUAUUGAUGUAUUGGAUCUAUUAGAUUUUCAUGCUGCGUCUUUUGUGCAAGCUCCAAUAACAUUAUGCUAUGUUAGUUCAAAAACUUCAGUUAUUGGACCAACAUUAUGUCAUGGUAUUGUUGAUUUACUGGAUUAUCUAACGAAAAGAUUUAAUGAAUAUAAAGAAGAUGAUGCAACUACUUUUGGUAAUGAACAUAAUUUAUAUCAUUCAUGUCAAUAUACAUUAGAUGUCAAAGAAGAUAAUAUUCAAUUUGCUGAAUUAAUUAAUAAUGAUGAUAAAAUAAAUAUUGAAAUAAGUUCAUUAGCUCCAACUAUUUUUCAUCAAUUACGUGAAGAUAUUGGUAUAUCCAAUGAAAAAUUUCGUCAGUCAUUUUCUGAAUAUAAUUUAAAAGAUUUCACAAAUACGGGUAGAAGUGGUUCAUUAAUGUAUAAGACACAUGAUCAAUUAUUCAUUCUAAAAACUUUACUUGAUUAUGAAGCACGAUUAUUAUUGCAAAUUUUAUCUGGUUAUCAUUUACGAUUUCGACAACAUUUAACAAUACUUAAUCGUUAUGUUGGAUUAUAUUCAUUGCGUAUACAAACAUCAUCAUCACCAAAUAUUAUAAUUUAUGUUGCCAUUACGGUUAAUGCAUUUACACCAUCAUUAAAAAUUAAUGAAAUAUUCGAUUUGAAAGGUUCAAAAAUAAGACGAAAAACAACUGGAUAUUUAUCAACGGAAAAAUUUCACAAAUUAAAAGAUAUGAAUUUUACAGAAUUAUAUCCAGAUGGUAUACGUAUACCAACAAAUAUUUAUCAAAAAUUAAAAAUUAUUAUUGCCAAUGAUGCAAAAGCUUUAAAAAAACUUAAUAUUAUGGAUUUUUCAUUAUUACUUGGAAUUAGACAUUUAGAUAUGUCUCAAUCACAAAUGUUGGAACGACAAAAGAAAACAGGAGUUACAGCUCUUCUUCGUGCAGCUAAUAGUCUUGCACCAAACCAAACAGAAAAGCCAACUCCUUCUGCUUCAUCAUCAAUUCUUGAAUUUGAUAUAAAUUCUUUACCGUAUUCAUAUUUAAAACCAUUAGAAAUUCUCCAAGAAAAAAUUAAUAUGAAUUUAUAUUAUAAUGAUGAUUCUGUUGCUUAUGCAACUUUACCCAUUCCGGGUAUUAUAAAUGGAACUAAUAAACGUGUUUAUAUUUAUUUAGCUUUGAUUGAUAUCCUUCAAACAUAUGAUACUCUUAGAAUGCUUGAUCAAACAUUUCGAAAACUUACAGAUCCUGAUAAACAUCUUGAAUAUUCUCUUAUUCCACCAAAUGAAUAUGAACAACGUUUUCAUCAAUUUUUAUUUAAAGAUGUUUUUGUUGAUGCUAAUGAUGAUUUUCCAUGGGCUAUAAAUGACGUUAAUCUUCAUGCUGCGUCUUUUGUGACAGCUCCAAUCGCAUUACGCUAUGUUAGUUCGAAAACUUCAGUUAUUGGGCCAGUAUUAUGUAAGGGUAUUGUUGAUUUACUUGAUCAUGUAACAAAAAGAUUUAAUGAAUAUCAAGAAGAUGAUACAACUACUUUUGUUAAUGAACAUAAUUUAUAUCAUUCGUGUCAAUAUACAUUAAAUAUCAAAGAAGAUAAUAUUGAAUUUAGGGAAUUAACUAAUAAUAAUGAUACAAUAAAUAUUGAAGUAAGUUCAUUAGCUCCAACUAUUUUUUAUCAAUUACGUGAAGAUAUUGGUAUUUCCAAUGAAAAAUUUCGUACAUCAUUUUCUGAAUAUAAUUUGAAAGAUUUUACCAAUACAGGUAGAAGUGGUUCAUUAAUGUAUAAAACAUAUGAUCAAUUAUUUAUUCUAAAAACUUUACUUGAUUAUGAAGCACGUUUAUUAUUGCAAAUUUUAUCUGGUUACCAUUUACGAUUGCGACAACAUUCAACAUUACUGAAUCGUUAUGCUGGUUUAUAUUCAUUGCGUAUAAAAACAUUAUCAUCUAAUAUUAUAACUUAUGUAGCUAUUACAGUUAAUGCAUUUACACCAUCAUUAAAAAUUAAUGAAAUAUUUGAUUUAAAAGGUUCAAAAAUGAGACGAAAAAUAACUGGAUUUUUAUCAACGGAAAAAUUUUACAAAUUAAAAGAUGUGAAUUUUACAGAAUUAUAUCCAGAUGGUAUACGUAUACCAACAAUUAUUUAUCAAAAAUUAAAAACUAUUAUUGCUAAUGAUGCUAAAGCUUUAAGAAAACUUAAUAUAAUGGAUUAUUCUUUAUUACUUGGAAUCAGACAUUUAGAUAUGUCUAAAGCAGAAAUGUUAGAACGUCAAAAUAGCAUAGGAGUUACAGCUCUUUUUCAAGUCACUAAUAGUCUUGCAUCAAAGCAAACAGAAACUCCAACUGUGUUUAUUUCAUCACCAACAGUUCUCGAAUCUGAUACAAUAUGUUUACCAAAUUCAUAUUUAAAACCAUUAGAAAUUCUAAAAGAAAAAACUUAUAUGAAUUUAUAUUAUAGUGAUGGUUCCAUUGCUCUCGCAACUUUACCCAUUCCUGGAAUUAUAAAUGGAACUAAUAAACGUGUCUAUAUUUAUUUAGCUUUGAUUGAUAUCCUUCAAACAUAUGAUGCUCCUAGAGUUCUUGAUCACACAUUUCGAAAACUUACUGAACCUUCUACGUAUCUUGAACAUUCUCUUAUACCAUCAAAUGAAUAUGAACAACGUUUUCAUAAAUUUUUAUUUAAGGAUAUUUUUACUGAUGCUCAGGAUGAUUUUCCAUGGACUUUAACGUGA